AUGGAGGCGGCGGCGGCGGCAGCGGCGGGGCCCGGGGGCGCCGGGGGCCCCGGGGAGGAGUCGGGCGGCGGGGCCCGGGGCAGCAAGCGCGGCUCGGGGGUGCGGACCCCCAACGACGACGACCCCAAAAACAAACCCAAGCUGAACAUUCAAAUAAAAACUUUGGCAGAUGAUAUGCGCGACAGAAUUACAAGUUUUAGAAAAUCUGCAGUGAAAAAAGAAAAACUCCUUAUCCAACACCCUAUUGACUCUCAAGUUGCAAUGAGUGAAUUUCCAGCUGCUCAGCCGUUGAUGGAUGAACGAUGUAUGAAUUUGUCAGAAAAGGAAGUCAUGGAUCUCUUUGAAAAGAUGAUGGAAGACAUGAACCUCAACGAGGAUCGCAAAACUCCUUUACGGCAAAAAGAUUUGACGACAAAACGCGAAAUGGUUGUCCAGUACAUUUCUGCUACUGCCAAAUCUAUAGUUGGAAGUAAAGUCACGGGAGGACUGAAAAAUAGCAAGCAUGAAUGCACAUUGUCGUCGCAAGAAUACGUUCAUGAAUUACGGUCUGGUAUCACAGAAGAUAAACUUCUCAAUUGCCUAGAAUCACUGAGGGUUUCUCUAACCAGUAAUCCUGUCAGCUGGGUAAAUAACUUUGGCCAUGAAGGUCUUGGACUCUUAUUGGACACCCUGGAAAGACUCCUGGACAAAAAACAGCAAGAAAGUAUUGACAAGAAGAAUCAGCAUAAGCUUAUACAGUGCCUCAAAGCAUUUAUGAAUAAUAAGUUUGGAUUGCAAAGGAUCCUAGGAGAUGACAGAAGUCUUUUAUUGUUGGCAAGGGCGAUCGACCCUAAACAACCCAACAUGAUGACUGAAAUAGUCAAAGUCCUUUCUGCUAUUUGCAUUGUUGCAGAAGAAAAUAUUUUAGACAAGCUUUUAGGAGCUAUAACAACAGCAGCAGAAAGAAAUAACAGAGAACGCUUUUCCCCAAUAGUGGAAGGAUUGGAAAAUCAUGAAGCUUUGCAGUUACAGGUGGCUUGUAUGCAGUUUAUUAAUGCUCUUGUGACCUCUCCCGAUGAUCUUGACUUCCGGAUACAUUUGAGAAAUGAGUUUCUUCGUUCUGGCCUUAAGAAAAUGUUGCCGGAUUUGAAAUCAAAAGAGAAUGAGGAGCUUGAAAUUCAGUUGAGAGUGUUUGAUGACAACAAAGAAGAUGACUUGACCGAAUUAUCACACCGCCUAAAUGACAUCCGAGCUGAAAUGGAUGACAUGGGUGAAAUAUUCCAUCUUCUGAAUAACAUGCUGAAGGACACUUCUUCAGAAAAUUACAUGCUAUCCAUUUUGCAGCAUCUACUACUGAUCAGAAAUGACUACUUUGUGAGGCCACAGUAUUACAAGAUCAUAGAAGAGUGCGUUUCACAAAUAGUUCUCCACUGCAGUGGGAUGGAUCCUGAUUUCAAAUACCGACAGAGAUUAGAUAUAGACUUAACUCACCUUAUAGAUGCUUGUGUGGACAAAGCCAAAGUCGAAGAAAGUGAAAGAAAAGCAGAGGACUUUUCCAAAAAGUUUGAUGAAGAGUUCACGGCUCGUCAGGAAGCACAGGCUGAGCUGCAGAAACUAGAGGAGAAAAUCAAGGAGCUUGAAGCAGAAAUCCAGCAACUACGAACCCAGGGUCCUGGGCUUUCGACUUCAUCGGGGGUAUCUCCGCCACCACCGCCAUCUCCUCCGCCACCCCCCCCCCCUCCACCGCCCCAAGGAAUCCCUCCGCCUCCACCCCCCCCACCGCCAUUGUUUGGGGGACCUCCACCUCCCCCACCUCUUGGGGGUGUUCCUCCUCCUCCUCCUCCAGGACUUUUGUCUUCCCUCCCUUACGGGAUGCAGCCGAAGAAAAAGUACACGCCUGCGGUGUCUAUGAAGAGAAUCAACUGGUCAAAGGUUGAACCCCAGGAAAUAUCAGAGAAUUGUUUUUGGCUAAAAGUCAACGAAGAAAAAUUUGAAAGCACAGAUCUCUUCUCAAAACUGUGUCUCACUUUUGCUACCCAGAUGAAAGUGAAAAAGUCACUGGAAGUUACGGAAGGAAAGAAAAUCGCAGGACCGAAGAAGAAAGUAAAAGAAUUGAGAGUUUUGGAUCCCAAAACAGCCCAGAACCUGUCUAUCUUCCUGGGAUCAUACCGCAUGCCUUAUGAAGAUAUAAAAAACAUUGUUUUAGAGGUUAAUGAAGAUUUGUUGAGUGAGCCCUUGGUUCAGAACCUGGUGAAAAACCUCCCCGAGCAGACGGAGCUUAGUGCCUUAGCCCAGUUAAAGAGUGAAUACGAGGACCUCUGUGAACCGGAGCAGUUUGGCGUGGUGAUGAGCUCAGUGAAAAUGUUACGACCUCGUCUUAAUGGCAUCCUUUUCAAGCUUAUGUUCGAAGAACACGUCAACAACAUUAAACCUAGCAUCAUGGCGGUAACGUUAGCCUGUGAAGAACUGAAGAAAAGCGAUAGUUUUACUAAACUCUUAGAGUUAGUUUUAUUGGUUGGAAACUACAUGAAUUCCGGCUCGAGGAAUGCCCAAUCGUUGGGAUUUAACAUCAACUUUCUUUGUAAGAUUAGAGAUACUAAAUCGUCCGAUCAGAAAACAACCCUUUUGCAUUUUCUUGCCGAUAUCUGUGAGGAAAAAUAUUGGGACAUACUUAAAUUCCCAGAUGAAUUGGGCCAUGUUGAAAGUGCAAGUAAAGUUUCUGCACAAACUCUCAAAAGCAACCUUACUGCAAUGGAGCAACAGAUCGAGCGCUUAGAAAGUGACAUCGAGAAUUUUCCCAAAUCCAACGAUAAACAUGACAAGUUUGUGGAGAAAAUGACUAGCUUUGCCAAGUGUGCCCGAGACCAGUAUGAAAAGCUCCAGAUCAUGCAUAAUACCAUGACCAAGCUGUAUGAGAAUCUCGGAGACUACUUCAUCUUCGAUUCCAAGACCGUGAGCAUAGAGGAGUUUUUUGGAGAUCUCAGCAGCUUCCGGUCGCUGUUUCUGGAGGCAGUGAAGGAGAACAACAAGAGAAGAGAAAUGGAGGAGAAGAGUAAGAGAGCCAAGCUGGCCAAAGAGAAAGCUGAGCAGGAAAAACUGGAACGGCAGAAGAAGAAGAAGCAGCUGAUGGAGAUGAAUAAGGAAGGUGAUGAGACGGGUGUGAUGGACAAUUUGCUGGAGGCCUUGCAGUCGGGGGCCGCGUUCCGAGACCGACGGAAACGGAUCCCAAGGAAUCCAGACAACAGACGGCCACCUUUGGAAAGGUCACGCUCCCGUCACAAUGGAGCCAUCACCUCGGUCUGAUUCCCCGCUGCCAAAGAAUUGGAGAACGGUUUGUUUACUUACAUGCCGACGUCUUGAGAAGAGUUACAUGUGCACUCAAACAAUGGCGAUGAAAUGAAUUGGGACAGAGAAGAGCCCAGGCUGGAUCAAUAUUAUAUAUUUCUGAAAACUCUUGCAAAAGAAACCCCGUGACUGUAUUAAAAGGAACACAAUUAUCAAGUUCUGUCAACAGUGUUUUCAGUGUAAGGAUCUGUAUCUUGUGUUAUCUAGUGUUACCUGCUGAUGAGAGAAGUGAGAUAAAUCGAAAGGAACUGGGACUUCUAGGAAACAUUCUGUACAGGGUUUGAGAAACAAGGAAAUUAAAAAAAAAAAUUAAAAAAAAACCAGAAAACUUACUAAAAGAUGCAGUGAAGUCAAUACGGGUCACUUGAGGUAGAAUUCUCCAUUGCCGAAUAUGUUCUACAUAAAAGGAAAAAUAGGACAAAAAUGUGCAUAUUAAUGAAUUCUGAUCUGGGGUUGAUAUUUCACACAUCAUAAGAGAAGCUAUUUGUGUCGGCACUGAAUAACCCCAAUCAAGUUAUUUAGACUCUAAUCGAAGCUGUAGCUGGUGGAUUCCUCUACUUUGGCUGCAAUUUAACCUUUUUUUUUUUUUUUUUUUUUUUUUUUUUUACCAAUCUCAAACUUCAGUAGGCUAGCCCAGCUACUCAUCACUGCUAAAAAUGAACAGUACGGUAGUACCAAAGUUAAACAGCAUCAGUUCGCAGAAUGUGUUUUUAACUUUAUUUAAAAGGGUAUUUUCUAAUUAUGCACUUAUAUAAUAUAUACUUUAUACAGAUACUUUAUACAGAUAUUUUUGACGAAAAAUUGUCGCAUUUUAAUGUUUAUCCUAAGGAUGAUUCUAAAACAAAAUUUGAUGACAUUUAUUUAGAUUUUAGAGACAAAGGUAAUUGAUUAUGCAGCUGUUCUUGUUCUAUCCGGUUUUUACGCGACUCUGUAUUCUCCCUUCUUCCCACUCCAGGCCCCAUGGCCAUUCGAAGGAAUGAAACAUUUGUGUCUUCUGUCAGGGCCCAGGGCAACAGGAAAUUCAAUUGCACCAAAUGGUUCUAGCUCCCAGAAACAUUUCUUUCUUUCUGAGAUGACCCUAACUGUUACUAAGCUAGGGGGAAACUUUGGAUCCACUCUUUCAUCUCCCCUCCCUGCUUCUAGGCGUGACCGAAUGACUUAAUAAAGCCAUCCACAACGACCACUGAAUCCCUAAGUAAACCCAUCACUGGGAACCUACCGUCAUCUUCAUCCACUUCACGUUCAGGAAUCGGAAGUUAGAAUGGAAACUUUCCUUGACCAUCUGGUGCGUGGCAUUUUCAUAGAUAUACACUUGUCUAAUAGAUGUCCUUUAUUUCCUGGGUUAUUAACAAUGUUCCUAAAGUAGUUUGUGUUUAAAUUGCCUCCUAGUGAAGCCCUCACUUAGGAAAUGGCUCCUCUGGAUUUCUAGGACCAUCACUAAAGUAAACAGCAUGAGAGAUUUUUUUUAAGAAAGGAUUUUCUAACUCGUUGGACUGUGCUAAACUAUUAGCUAUUACUCCUUUAGUUGAAAGUGACCUUCUUUUCAUCUUUGCUGAGUAAUAGUCUCAUCAGUUAUUUCAACACUUACCCUUCAAACUGAAUUUCCUGCCUCAAAAAUACAUAUACACACACAUAUAUAUAUAUAUAUAUAUAUAUAGGUAAAUGUGUAUGUAUGUAUGUAUAAUAGCAUGCUCAUUUUCCCUAAACUAGACCAGCAUUGGGAAAAAAAACACAAAAGCUCAAAUUCUUUUAGUUAGGGGCACUAAAAAUGAUACAAGCUUUCAUAGAUAAGAGGGUUUGGGGGGGCAAUUUGAAGGAAUAAAUGCUAGAUUAUAAAAUCCAAUUUGUACUGGAGCAAAACAGGCAAUUGACAUGAAGAAAAGCAGCUUGUUCUAACAAUGGAAAAUCAUCAUAUGAAAAAAAAUUUAAGCAAUCAGCAGUUCACAAACUCAUUAUUUUAAAAGGGUAUUGUUUUUAAAACAACAAAAAACCCAAAAAACAAAAGAAGCUAUAGCUUUCAAGGACCAAGUUCGAGAUAAAGCCAAUAGAGAAAUCAUGUAAGAAAAUGUAAACCAUCAGCAGUUCACAGAUUCCUUAUUAUUAAAAAAGGGGAUUAUUUAAAAGACAAAACAAAAACUUUCAAGAAAAGAAUUGAACAGUAAUUUCAAAAUUGUAAACUUUUUGUUAGAUUUUUCCAUUUGUGCUGUCCCUUUUUUAAACAUUUAAAAAUUUUAUAUCAUUUAUUGGCCAUAUCACUUUUACAACACAAAAGCGUUAUAAAAACACAAAAGAGAAUUGUGCUUAGAUGACAUUAAUCUCUGUAAAUCGAGGGUGUUUCUAUUUAGAAUUCAAUUUCAUAAAAUCUUUUAAGAAAAAUUCAUUAAUGGGGUUACUUUCCAUUGCUUGCUAGCUUUUAAGGCUGUAUGAAAUGAUCUACCUUUUAAAUGUUUUAACCCGACUAAAAGUUUUGUCGUUCAUCUUGCUGUCGAGAUGGGCAGUUGGAAGAUGGGUAGUUAGGAAGUGGAAGUGAAACUCCUUUCAGUAAUGAAUUGCCUUAAUUUUUAGUUAUUGUAAAAUGAAGACAUGUCAAAAAUUAUAUAUUUGUAUUGUGAGUAAACCCAAAUACUUUCCAAAAACAUUAAAAACCUUUCAGGGUCCUUCUGAUGAACUUCAAAGUUAUUGCUUCACUAUGCUCUAAUGGUCCAUUUCUGGGCAUAUUUAGAUUGAGGCGUAUCGCUAAGGAAAAAGCACACGUGAUAUUCUAAUUGUGGAAGCAAAUACGUGACGACUUUGAAAUUUUAUACUGAGUACAUUAAAUGCAUAGACAUGAUGUAGGCACCGUUGAUACAAAUUUUCUGCAGAAUGCUCAACAAUGCAUAAAAUAUUUCAAGAUCUUUACUGUUGCCUGCACAACAAUGGAAAGUCAUUUGUUGUUCUUCAAAGCGCAUUCUCGGCACUCGGUAUAACCUGCGGUUGUCCAUAAAACAGGCAUUAUUUCCUUAGGCUCCUCGCAUGCGUUAGUGUUGUUAAAUGAAUGAUGAUAGCAAGUGUUUCCAUGUUUCCGUGAAUGCUUGUAUGGCCAAACAGUCUGAAUCCAGUGCUCAGAACCAUUUUCCUUGGCCCCGGUGAAGGAAUGUUUGUCCAUCUGCCCCUCCGUGGCCCAGAAGGUCCAUAAUUUAAACACAAACUACCUCUGAAAAAGAGGGUUAACAAGCUGACUUUAGACAUUGGUGAAUCUCUCAGGUGUAGGGACGCGGAUUUUGAGAAGGUCCAGCCUACUGAGUCACCUAAGAGAGUACGGUAUUUAAGUCGUUCUUAUUUCAGCUACGCAAAACAGAUCCUGUUGCGGCCACAUACGACUUGGCUAUGUUUAUGUAAUACGCACUUCCUAUUCAAUAAAAAGAAAUACUUAUGUACAACA